AUGCGCGGUCGCCUUUGUGUGGGUCGAGCGGCGGCGGCGGCGGUGGCGGUCGCACUGGCUGGCGGGCAAGAGGGGAGUCCGGGCGGCGGCGUCCGGCGCGGGAGCCGGGGUGCCACCAUGGUCAAGAAGCGGAAAGGCCGCGUUGUGAUCGACUCGGACACGGAGGACAGCGGCAGUGACGAGAACCUGGAUCAGGAACUCUUAUCCCUAGCCAAAAGGAAACGUAGUGACUCUGAAGAGAAAGAGCAACCUGUUAGUCAGCCUGCAGCUUCUUCAGACUCUGAAACAUCGGACAGUGAUGAUGAGUGGACAGUUGGAGGCUCAAAAAAUAAGAAAAAAGGAAAAACUGGGAAGAUAGAGAAGAAGGGAACAAUGAAAAAGCAGACAAACAAAGCUGCUUCCUCAGGUAGCUCCGACAAAGACAGCUCAGCUGAGAGUUCAGCCCCUGAAGAAGGUGAAGUGUCUGACUCUGACAGUAACAGUUCCUCCUCCAGCUCAGAUUCGGAUUCUUCCUCUGAGGAUGAGGAGUUCCACGAUGGAUAUGGAGAAGACCUCAUGGGAGAUGAAGAAGAUAGGGCCCGUUUAGAACAAAUGACAGAGAAGGAGAGGGAACAGGAACUAUUUAACAGGAUAGAAAAGAGAGAGGUGCUUAAGAGAAGAUUUGAAAUUAAGAAAAAAUUAAAAACAGCUAAGAAAAAAGAAAAGAAAGAAAAAAAGAAAAAACAAGAAGAAGAACAAGAGAAGAAAAAACUCACACAGAUUCAAGAGUCCCAGGUCAUGUCCCAUAACAAGGAGCGACGUUCCAAGAGGGAUGAAAAACUAGACAAAAAGUCUCAGGCCAUGGAAGAACUGAAAGCAGAGAGAGAAAAACGGAAAAAUAGAACAGCUGAGCUGCUUGCCAAAAAACAGCCAUUAAAAACAAGUGAAGUCUACUCUGAUGAUGAAGAGGAGGAAGAGGAUGAUAAGUCCAGUGAGAAGACUGAUCGCUCAUCUCGGACGACAUCCUCUGAUGAAGAAGAGGAAAAAGAAGAGGUUCCUCCAAAGUCCCAGCCAGUUUCCCUGCCUGAAGAGCUGAACCGGGUGCGAUUGUCACGACACAAAUUGGAACGAUGGUGUCACAUGCCUUUUUUUGCUAAGACAGUCACAGGAUGCUUUGUACGAAUUGGCAUUGGGAACCAUAACAGUAAACCUGUCUAUCGGGUUGCUGAAAUCACUGGUGUUGUGGAAACAGCCAAGGUUUACCAAUUGGGUGGCACUAGGACAAACAAAGGAUUACAGUUGAGACAUGGCAAUGACCAGCGUGUGUUCCGCCUGGAGUUUGUCUCAAAUCAAGAGUUCACAGAAAGUGAAUUCAUGAAAUGGAAAGAAGCGAUGUUCUCUGCUGGCAUGCAGCUGCCUACCUUGGAUGAGAUUAACAAGAAGGAAAUGUCCAUUAAAGAAGCUUUGAAUUAUAAAUUCAAUGAUCAGGACAUUGAAGAGAUUGUUAAAGAGAAAGAGAGAUUCAGAAAAGCUCCACCCAACUAUGCCAUGAAAAAAACGCAGCUUCUGAAGGAGAAGGCCAUGGCAGAAGACUUGGGAGACCAAGACAAAGCAAAGCAAAUCCAAGAUCAGCUGAAUGAGCUGGAGGAAAGGGCAGAGGCCCUAGAUCGGCAACGAACAAAGAAUAUUUCUGCCAUUAGUUACAUCAAUCAACGAAAUCGAGAAUGGAAUAUUGUUGAGUCUGAGAAGGCCCUUGUGGCGGAAAGUCACAACAUGAAGAAUCAGCAGAUGGAUCCCUUCACUAGGCGGCAGUGCAAACCAACUAUUGUCUCCAAUUCCAGAGACCCUGCUGUUCAAGCUGCCAUCUUGGCCCAGUUGAAUGCAAAAUACGGCUCUGGUGCAUUACCAGAUGCUCCAAAGGAGAUGAACAAGGGUCAGGGAAAGGACAAAGACGUCAAUUCUAAGUCAGCCAGUGACCUCUCAGAGGACCUGUUCAAAGUGCAUGACUUUGAUGUGAAGAUAGACUUGCAAGUUCCCAGUUCAGAAUCAAAGACGCUGGCCAUCACAUCAAAGGCUCCCCCGGCCAAGGACGGUGCUCCAAGAAGGUCUCUGAACUUAGAAGACUACAAGAAACGACGAGGGCUUAUCUGAGCGUGCCCAGCCUGCUGCUUCUGACCCUGCAUGCACCGCGAUAAUGUUCUCCUCUCCUCUUCUCCCUUGGUUUGCCCUCUUUGGGCUGGAGCAGCAGGGGUGCUGGGAAGAGACUCUUUAAACUGCCAGUCAUCUGUAACAUAAAACCAUUUACUGUAUAGAUCUCCCUCAUCUGCCCACCCACCCUCCCUCCCCUCCUGCUGCCCCCACCUGUGUGGAUUC